AUGAAAUUAUAUUCUAUUGACUUUCCAUUAAAUGAAUCAAAUAAUAUAUUCCCGAAUUCAUCUGAAAAUAUAAAUAUAAAUAAUAAUAAUAUUAAUAAUUCUAAUCCAAAUAAUUUUAUAAAUAGUAAUACUGAUUCUGAAUUAUAUGGAAAUUAUAAACCAAGUAGCAGUAAUAAUUUUAUAAAUAAUCAUCAUAAUAACCAAUCAUCUGAUAUACAUUCAAUUUCUCAAUCUACACCAAAUUUAUCAACUUUAAUUUCAUCUUCAUCAAAUAAUAAUAAUAAUAAUAAUAACAAUAAUAGUCCAAACUAUUCUAUGAAUAGUAGUAGUGAUCAAGCACCAAACCUUUUAAAUAUGGAUUCAAAAUUGAGAUGGAAUCAACCAUUCCAAAAUCAACAACAACAACAACCAACAUCAGAAGUUUCAACCAAUUCAGCAAAUACAUCAUCAGAGAAUACAACUUGUAAUAAUUCGCCAGUAUCUUCGUCAACAAAUUACAUACCAAAUAAUUCUACAUCAAAUGUUGUAUUAAAUUCAUCAAUACCAACUACAUCACCAAAUGUUUUAAGUGCACCAAAUAAAAAAAGACAAAGAGAUGAUAUUGAUUGUGGAAAUAAUAAUAAUAUAAAUAAUAAUAAUAUAAAUAAUAAUAUUAAUAAUAAUAAUAAUAAUAAUAAUAAUAAUAAUAAUAAUAAUAAUAAUAAUAAUAAUAAUAAUAAUAAUGGAUAUAUUGAUCCUUUCUAUUUAAGAGAUGAUAAAGAUUUUAAUAAUAAUAAUAAUGUCCAAUUGGAUAAUACGAAUAUAUCACAAUUUAAUGAUUCAAAGGAAUUAAAUAUUAAAAUUAAAAAAGAUAAUAAUAAUAAUAAUAUAAAUAAUAUAAAUAAUAUAAAUAAUAAUAAUAAUAUAAAUAAUAAUAUAAAUAAUAAUAAAAAUCUGCAACCACAACAAAUCCAACAACCACAACAACCACAACAAAUCCAACAAAUCCAACAAAUCCAACAAAUCCAACAAAUCCAACAAACUCAACCACAACAACAACAACAACAAACUCAACAACAACCACAACAACAACCACAACAAUUAAUGUCAGGUAAUUUAAAAUUACCAUCAAUCCACCAUUUAGAAUUCGAAGUUGAAAAAAAUGCGAAAAAAGAUGAUUCAACUAAUACAAAUAAUAAUAAUAAUAAUAAUAAUAAUAAUAAUAAUAAUAAUAAUAAUAAUAAUAAUAAUAUUCAACAAGCAAAUGUAAAUACAUCACCAAUUUCUACAUCAACCACACCAAAUAAUAAUAAUAAUAAUCAAAUUCAAAAUCAACCACAACAAAUACCACAACAACAAGCUCAACAACAAGCCCAACAACAAGCCCAACAAAAGAAAAGAAAAACAAAACCAUCAAAAUAUUCAAUUACACCAUCGAUUUCAUUAACACCAACAACAGUAACAUCUUCCUCGUCAACAAAUAGUAGUGGUAGUAUUGGAGCAUCACCACUCUCAACUUCAACUAAUAUUCCAUAUUCAGUUACUAAUAAUCUUUCCUCAAAUAAUUUACAUUCCUAUAUGAAUCCAAUGGGUCAAGAUUAUUCAACAAGUGGAAUGUUAUCAACAACCAAUCCAUAUACCCAUCAUUCACCAAAUACAUCUUCGACUGUAUCAUCAUCAGUUACAUCACCUUUAAUUAAUCAAUAUGGUACAAAUCCAACAUUAACUAAUAAUCAUUCAUUCUAUGGUUCAUUGGCUUCUAAUCAAAACACUGGUGCUAGUGAUGGAAAUAACAAUAACAAUAAUAACAACAAUAAUAAUAAUGGUGGUAGUGGUUAUUUCCAAUCACCUGUAAUUUUAUCACCAUUCCAAAAAUCAUCAAAUCCAUUAAAUAAUAAUCAUAAUUCAAAUAAUGUUUAUAAUUCAUCCAAUAGUCAUAAUGAUAUAAAUGAUUAUAUUUCAUUAAAUUCAAGUUCAAAUAAUAGCUAUUAUAAUAGUAAUUCUGGUAGUGGCAUGACAACACCUCAAUCAUUAGGUCACUCUCCUUCCCAUAACGAUUAUAAUAGCAACAAUAACAACAAUAACAACAACAACAACAAUAGCAAUAAUAAUAAUUCAAAUAAUUCAAAUAGCAAUAAUUUAACAAAUAAAUACGACUCAAAUUCUUCAUUAUCAUUACUUUCUUCAAUUGGCGAUAAUAAUAAUAAUAAUAAUAAUAAUAAUAAUAAUAAUAAUAAAUCUCAUAGUAGUAGUUAUUACUCUUCAAUGUCGAAUAAUUCAAAUCCAUCCUCUUCAUCCUCUUCAUCUUCAUCAUCCUCUUCAUCUUCAUCAACCUUAUCAUCAUUAAAUAAUAAUAAUAAAUUAUCAUCAAAUAAUGGUCAUAUUAAAUAUGAACCAACAUCAUCAUCAAAUUAUCAUGAUCAAAUGUCACAAUCUCAUAUUUAUCAAAAUAAUUUCACUUAUUAUGAUCAAAGUUUCCCACAUCCACCAGUAAAGAAAACUCAUAGAAGAAGACCUGCUAAUAUUGAUAAAUCAACAUUAUAUUGUCAUAAUUGCGGUACAAAGAAUACACCAGAAUGGAGAAGAGGUCCAUCCGGCCCUGCAACAUUAUGUAAUGCAUGUGGUUUAGCUUAUGCAAAGAAACAAAGAGAAGAAGAAACUAAUUUACAUAAAUUACUACUUCAUAGUAACUCUUACUCUUAUCAUAGAGGUAACAUGUUGGAAUCUUAUGUCACUCCAAGUUUAUUACCAUUAUUUAAUACUGCUGCUAAUGUUCCAUAUUUAAAUACUCCAAAUAAUGCAUCCUCCUCAUCAUCCUCCUCAUCAUCCUCCUCUUCUUCCUCAUCUUCAUCUUCUUCGACAUCCUCUUACUCAUCUUCAUCCUAUAAUAUACCAAACACAAACACUCAAUACAAUACAACAAGUGCAACUUCAUCAUUUAAACCAUUAACAUUUUCAUCUUUAAAAACUCCUGAAAAUACAAGAAAUACUUUAAAUACAAAUAAUAAUAAAAUUAAUUAUUCAUUAAAUGGUUCAAUUUAA